UUCAGGCCCUUCGCCUCCAAGUAUAAUGCUCGACUACAGUAACCCAGACAGAGACAGCCAACGAACGACGCUGAAAGGGGCUACAGUGGCUACAUUGUUGUUACACAACACAAGACUAUUCAUCAUUCGAGGCCACUUGGUGCUUAUUGGACUUUACUUGCCCUUGAUAGUCGUAACGUCUCGACAGAGACAGGAAGCUCUUUCGCCCAUAGUUUCUGAUUGAGAAAGCCAUAAUGCAACCUGAGAAUACCGGCAUUUCCGGAA